CGGAACGGUAAACUUUCUGCCUUAUCGGGCAAGGGCGACUGUCAAUAGAAGCAUUCUCACCCAAAAAUGAUAUCCACCCCUUGUUCUUCCGCAGGUUCGGGUCACACCAGAGGCCGCCGCCGUUGUGGCCCCGGGACGGUGGCGGGACGCCCUGGCCCCGCUCAUGCCCCCAGGGCGCCAUCCCCGCCAGGCACGCCAGCACCGGGACGGAGACCGGGGCGUGUCCCAGAGCAUGGAGACCGGGGCAAUCCGACUGGAGGUGGCGACCGCUGGCCAUGCUCCUGCUCAUGGGCAGGCUGCUGCCGGCCGGCGCCGUCCCCGGCCCCGCCGCCCCCGCGUCACCGGGGCUAGGGGCAGGGGCGGGGCUAGGGGCCACCCUCGGCUACAUGUCGACGCUGCCCCCGCCGCCCCCGCUGCCCAGCUACCGCUCCGUGGUCGGCAGCGUACCCCAGAGCCUGGUGAGCCUACUGAUCGACAAGCUGGACAAGUUGGGCGAGAAGGUCCAGGCGCAGGGGACGACCCUGGACAAGCUGGAUGAGAAGCUUCAGGCACAAGUGUCAACCUUGUGGGAGAUCCGCUACCGCAUGGACAGUCUGGAGCGACGCCUAGGCGAACUGGACAGCAAAGUUGAUCGCCAAGACCGGCACGUCGGUGAGGUCGACACAUCCAUCGGGCGGCGGUUCGACAAAUUGUCGGAGGCCAUAGCUGCCCACGACCACAAGGACAGCAGCGCGAAGGAGCAACUGGUGCGCAAGGUGGACAACGCGUACGAGCGCAUCGUCUACAUGGAGAACAACAGCAUUAGCAAGAUCCAGGCCACCACGGGGGCGAUCAUGGACAAGGCGACGACGCUCGAAGCCGUGGGCCAGGUCGCCGGGCGCGUCCGGGACGCACUGGCGGCCGAGUUGGGCGCGGUGCACGCCAAGGUCAACGCCACGCACGACCACAUCCUGAACGCAUCCAGAGCCGUCGCGCCUCAGGACGACGCCGACGAGUCCGAGGCCGGGAGGAAAGCGUGCGUGGACGCUAGCGAGACGGCCACCAAGACCCUCAAGCAGCACAUCGACGCCAAGGCGGAUCUCAUGUCCAACAAG